CCGGGAGGCGGCGGCGGCGGCGGCGGCGGCGGCGGCGGCGGCGAGGGGCCCUGGCAGCUGCGCGGGGACAGGAGGCGUGGGAGAAGAGCUCCGUGUUUCUAUCCAACAAGUCAACGUUGCAUCGUCAAGGGAAAAGGAAGGUGUGUUGGAGCUGAUAAAGGGCGGAGAUGGUUAAUUCUAAAGGAAAGAUGACUGACUCAGAUCCUGUAUCCGAUCAUCUGUUACUAAAUGGACUUGCGGAUAAGGCAGAGAAAAAUCAGGAAAUGGGACUUGAGAAGAGCCUAUGUAGCCAGUAUGAGGAGAAAGUGCGCCCCUGCAUUGACCUCAUCGACUCCCUUCGUGCCCUGGGCGUGGAGCAGGACCUGGCCCUGCCCGCCAUCGCUGUCAUUGGAGACCAGAGCUCGGGCAAGAGCUCAGUGCUGGAGGCCCUGUCAGGGGUCGCCCUUCCCAGAGGCAGCGGUAUUGUCACUAGGUGUCCUCUGGUGCUGAAGCUGAAGAAGCUCAUGAAUGAGGAUGAAUGGAGAGGCAAAGUCAGCUACCAGGACUUCGAGACGGAGAUUUCAGACCCUUCGGAGGUGGAGGAGGCAAUCAAUACAGCCCAGAAUGCCAUCGCUGGGGAAGGACUGGGGAUCAGUCAUGAGCUAAUCAACCUGGAGGUCAGCUCCCCUCACGUCCCGGAUUUGACCCUGAUAGACCUCCCCGGCAUCACCAGGGUGGCUGUGGGCAAUCAGCCGGCCGACAUCGGACGCCAGACCAAGCAACUCAUCAGGAAGUACAUCGUUAAGCAGGAGACAAUCAACCUGGUGGUGGUCCCUUGCAAUGUGGACAUCGCCACCACAGAGGCCCUGAGCAUGGCUCAGGAGGUGGACCCCGAUGGAGACAGGACCAUAGGCAUCUUGACAAAGCCUGACCUGGUGGACAGAGGCACCGAGGACAAGGUGGUCGACGUGGCACAAAACCUCGUCUGUCACCUGAAGAAGGGCUACAUGGUCGUCAAGUGCCGGGGCCAGCAGGACAUCCAGGACCAGCUGAGCCUGGCCGAGGCUCUGGAGAAAGAGAGAGUCUUCUUUGAGGACCACCCACAUUUCAGGGUUCUUCUGGAGGAAGGAAGGGCCACCGUGCCCUGUCUGGCGGACAGACUGACCACUGAACUCAUCAUGCACAUCUGCAAAUCUCUGCCCCUGUUAGAGAAUCAAAUAAAGGAGAAUCAUGAGAAAAUAACAGAGGAAUUACAAAAGUAUGGCUCAGAUGUACCAGAAGACGAACAUGAAAAAAUGUUUUUUCUGAUAGAUAAAAUCAAUGCGUUUAAUCAUGACAUCACCUCUUUAAUACAAGGGGAGGAGUCUGUGGGGGAGGGUGAGAGUCGGCUGUUCACCAAAAUCAGACAUGAAUUCCACAAGUGGAGCAUCGUGAUUGAAAAGAAGUUCCAGAAAGGGUACAAAGCGAUAUAUAAAGAAAUUGAGAAAUUUGAAAAUCGGUAUCGUGGCAGAGAGCUGCCGGGAUUUGUCAAUUACAAGACGUUUGAGAUUAUUAUCAAACAGCAAAUCAGAGAGCUGGAGGAGCCGGCUGUCGACAUGCUACGCACGGUAACUGAUAUGGUCCAGCUUGCCUUUGCAAAUAUUUCGAAAGGAAACUUUGAUGAAUUUUUCAACCUCUACAGAACAACCAAGUCCAAAAUCGAAGACAUUAAGUUUGAACCGGAAAACGAAGCGGAGAAGUCGAUCCGACUUCACUUCCAAAUGGAGCAGAUUGUCUACUGUCAGGACCAGAUCUACCAGCGGGCGCUGCAGAGGGUCAGGGAGAGGGUUUCGGAGGAUGAGAAGAGGAAUAAAAAAAUAAACAGUCCGAUCUCUGAAGAAGUUUCUUCAGGGAACGUCUCCUUGUGUGAAAUCUUGGAGCACCUGCUGGCCUACCGCCAGGAGGCCGCCAACCGUAUCGCCAGCCACAUCCCCCUGAUCAUCCAGUACUUCAUCCUGCAAGUGUACGGCCAGCGGCUGCAGAAGAAUAUGCUGCAGCUGCUGCAGGACAAGGAGACCUACAGCUGGCUCCUGAAGGAGCGCAGCGACACCAGCGACAAGAGGAAGUUCCUGAAGGAGCGGCUCGCGCGGCUGGCCCAGGCUCGGCGCCGCCUGGCCAAGUUCCCCAGUUAAGUCCAGCUGCCUGUCCCGCCCCCAUCUCCAGGACCCGCCUCCAGCCCCGCCCCCCGCCCCGCCCCCAGCCGCCGGACGCGUGG